AUGCCGAUCACUGUACCACAUAACCGCGACACAGCGGGUUUCCCGCAGUCGGGGCCCUCAUAUCAGCAGCAAGUGGUCUCCUUUCGACCCAUCCCCAGCCCGGCACCUCCCGGGUGUGCGGUCUGCAUCCUGAGCGACCAAGCCCUACUAAGCCACGAGCUAUACUUCUGUGGGACAUGUAGGGCCAUGUACCACCGGCCCUGUCUCUACGCGCUGCUGCUGCAGCGGAGCCAUCAACCCUCCUUGGUAGGAGGUACGUCCUCCGCGCCAGUAGCGCUCCACAGGUGCCCAACCUGCGGGAUCGAGGGGGGCCAAGCCCCCAUCCCCUCGGCUCCCACAGGGCCUGGAGCCCCCCGAUUCUUCAUCACCACCCCCUACCACUACGACCGCACCCCCGCAGGACUCUACGUGUGCACCUCCAUCUCCACCGCACGGGAUGGGACCUCGCGGUCUUGCAAUCUGCACUUCAGCGCAUGGCCGAACUACCGCGCCCAUCAUCAUCAGGCGCAUGAACGGGCGGCCGAUGCCGGGCAUUCGUGUGAGGGUUGUGCCGUAAGUAGUAGUAGUGGCGGUGCCAGCACUGCUAACGCGACCGCGACCGCGACUGCAACUGCCACUGCCACUGUGACUGCGACUGUGACUGCGACUGCGAUAGCUACCCCUCCCCCUGUCCCUCUCCCUGUCCCUGUCCCUGCCCCUGCCCCUGCCCCUACCCCUACCCCUACCCCUACCCCUCCCAUGACUCUCACCGAUCUCCUUCUAGCCGUCGAGGCGGAGAGCACCGAGCCACCAAUGCAUCUCCUGCCCCCGCCCAUCUCCUUAGAGCCGGAACGAGAGGUGAGCACCACUCCGACGACACCCACGACCCCCAAAGACCAGCCCAACCCCCAGGCCGCAUACAACUCCCACUUCAAACGCACUAAAGAAGGCCACUUCAUCUGCACCUUCCCUGUCCCCACGAGGACCAGGACAACAACAGCCGCCACGAAGCCGUGCGGAUGGCGUCUUGGGAAGUGGCAUAGUCUCAGGAAGCAUUACUGGUGGCAGCAUAUGCCCCAGGAAAACGCGGGGGGCUGCUCUUGUAAUGUCAGUAACAGUAACAGGAACCCGAGUAGCGGUAGUACUCACGCUAAUGCUGGUAGGGGCGGUAUCGCUAUCACCGCCGAAGCUAACCUUGGACCUGGGCAGCUCCAGCGCCGACGGUCUUCCACGGUGUCUACUUUGCCUGCUUCGUGUGUUCCCACGACUUCGUAUGUUCCAGCGGCUUCGUAUGUACCACCGGCCUCGUCCGUCCCAGCGGCUCCGUUUGUUCCAGCAGCUCCGUGUGUUCCACCGGCGCCAUAUGCAUAUACCUCACCGACCCCGCCCACAAACCCAGUCCAGCUAGAACUGCUCCUGCAAUCGCAGCAGCAGCGGUACAGACCGCCGCCGCGACCGCAGGCGCAGCCGCCGGUCAUCCGACAACGCCAGCCACGGUUCUGCCCGCUCUGCGCCGGGGAUUUCGGGAAUCUGGUCCCACUGGUCCAGCAUCUGGAGGUCGACCAUGCCAUAGAGCUUCCGAUCUGUAUGUUGUGUCUGUCGUGGCGGGCGAAUUGGUGGGGGCUGCUGCUGCAUCUGGAGGAGGAUCAUCCGGAGUGGGAUGGGUUGUUUGAGGAUCCGUCGGCGGUUCGGCCGGGUUUGUUUGCUUAG